ACAAUUGCAGUGUUUACAGCAAACAAUACAAAAUGAUCUCACAGAUCGCAAUUUUUGCCCUGGCUAUUGCCAUUGUACACGCAUCCAGCGCUGACUACUCUAGCUUCUCGUACGGCGUCCACGACCCUCACACCGGCGACGUCAAAGAUCAACGUGAAACACGAGUUGGAAGCAAUGUGGUCGGUCAGUACUCGCUCCUGGAAUCCGAUGGAACCAAACGUAUCGUAGAUUACGAAGCAAACCCACAUACUGGCUUCAAUGCUGUCGUACGUAAACAAGGUUUGGCUGCCCAUCCGGCUUCUUCGGUAUACCGUGGGUAUGCCGCUUCACCAGCAAACUACGUUAAUGCCUACACACCCAGCGCUAUCGUAUAUGCCCAGACUACGCCAUAUGCCCAAGCCUCACCAUACGCCUCCUACGGUGGCUACGCCCAUGGCUACAACAGUUUAGCAUCGCCACUAGCCUACGGAGGAUACAAAGGUCUUUCUACUGGAUAUGCCUAUCGUGCUGGCUUAGGUUACGGAACCGAGCUUGGGAUCACCUUGAGGUCUGAAUGUGGCGCACAUCGCAAUGUCUGUCUCGAUACCGAUCUAAUUUGUAUAAUUUAUAUGUUCGCAUGCCCACGCCUGCGCGUUCUUCACUCCUAUAUAAAGCUCGCGGCACGCUUCAUCAGUACUCACUCUUCGAAUUACCUCGAAUCGAAACCCAUCGCAAUGGCAGCUAAGUUGGUUGUAGUGCUCGCCGCCUUCAUGGCCGUAGCCCAGUGCUCGGUGGUGCCAGUGGCGCGAGCAGACGCUGACUACACGAGUUUCGCGUACGAUGUAGCCGACCCCAACACCGGUGACUUCAAGAGUCAGGUGGAGACGCGCGUGGGUGGUGUGGUGCAGGGCCAGUAUUCGCUCCUCGACGCUGACGGCACCAAACGUACAGUCGAUUAUGCCGCUGAUGAUGUCAACGGAUUCAACGCAGUCGUUCGCAAGGAUCCUGCUGUCGUCGCUGCUGCACCCGUAGUGGCCGCUCCCGCUAUUGCCGCCCCCGCAGUGGUCGCUGCCCGCACUGUUGCCGCCCCCGUUGUAGCUGCCGCUCCCGCGGUAGUUGCCGCCCGCACUGUAGCUGCCGCCCCCGUUGUGGCUGCCCGCACUGUAGCUGCCGCUCCUACUGUCUAUGCCGCGGCUCCCUCCGUCUACGCUGCCGCUGCCCCCUCCGUUUACGCUGCCGGUGUCCCCUCUGUGUACGCUACACGUGCUGUCGCUGCCCCUGCUGUCUACUCUGCCUCCGCUCCCGCUGUAUACUCUGCGGCCACAUAUGGCGCUGCUCCAACUGUAGUAGCCGCACGCACAGUGGCCUCUCCUUACUACGCUGCCUACUCCGCCCCCGUCUCUUACUGGUAAACGAACGCCUUGUGUGAAGGCAUACUAGUUUAACUGCGACGAGUUCAAAUUUUGACAUUGUAAAUAGAUACCAGAUAAUAUUAUUUGUACAUUUAUCUAUGUAUAAAUUAAAGUCAUAUUUUUAAUAUA